AUGGACGGUCGUCCUCCGAAAAGACAACGCCGAUCAGUCCGUGAAGAUGACUCCAAACGAGACUCAUCUAAAUCUAUUCCGAAGCCAGUUGCGCUCGCAUCACACCCCAAAUCAACACGAGCGCGUCCCAAUCCAGCUCCACCGACUCGACAAUCCGCUUCCCCUUCGCUCUCUCCCUCCAAACCUGCAUCCUCCCCCAAAUUGAACAAAUCUAAAUCUCUUCACGGUUUCUUCCAGCCGGCUACGGACAGUCAACGAUGGUCAUCGCAGAAAUUCGAGACGAAGCGGUCACUCGUACCGACGCAAGAAACAUACGCGGACGAAAUUGAAGAUGACUAUGAUUCAUACGAUGAGAUCUUCUCUCAACAUAUUGCUAGCCAAACCUCUAGCUUCAAUACGAAGUCCUCCUUAUCUUCAAAUAAUGGACAAACACGCGCGUCGGUAUCCAAACCUAAAGCCGCGGGGCGUCAGACGAAUCGACCUGCUAAGCGGUUUAUCAUGCCACCGGAUUCCAAGAGCCAUAGUUCUCGGCGAUCAGAUCCUCAACCCCUGAUCCAAACGGUUGAUCGUCGCCCGUGGGCCCAGCGGUUUGCUCCUUUAAAUCUAGACGAGUUGGCCGUUCACAUGAGGAAGGUUGCGGAUGUACGGAAAUGGCUAGAAGAGGCGUUUGCAGGGCAAGCUAGAGAGAGACUUUUAGUCCUACGAGGCCCCGCUGGCUCCGGAAAGACGACUACGAUCUCGCUACUCUCCGAAUCAUUAGAUUUUGAUAUUGUAGAGUGGAAGAAUCCGUCGGUCUCCGAAUUUACUGCCCAAGAUUAUGUCUCUGUGGGUGCGCAGUUUGAGGAGUUUCUGGAUCGGGGCGAUCGCUUUGGGGGACUCGAUCUAGAAGAUACGGCUGGAGACGACGAUCAUAUCCCUCCUCGAUCUCGGGACCAUCGAAUACUCCUAGUGGAAGAAUUCCCGACAAUGCUGAACCGAAAUGCCGGUUUGGCUGCCUUCCGGACAUCACUACAACGCUAUCUUGCGUCUGCUGCAGAUAAUCCAUUUGGGGAGAUACAUCCGCCAGUUGUGAUGAUUGUCUCAGAGACCUUACUAGGCUCGGCAUCAUCGAUAACGGAUAAUUUUACAGUCCAUCGAUUACUCGGACCGACAUUGUUUAACCAUCCAGGUACCAAAAUCAUAGACUUUAACAGUAUCGCCCCAACCUUCAUGCAAAAGGCUUUACGUCUGAUCCUUGAGAAAGAGGCGCGCAGUUCAAAGCGCGCCCGAAUCCCCGGUCCAGUGGUUCUUGAGACAAUCUCCGAGAUUGGAGACAUCCGCAGUGCGGUGUCUUCUCUAGAGUUUCUAUGUUUAAAGGGUGACAGUACCGGCAAAUGGAGCGGCACUCUUGCCAAGACCAAAGGCAAGAAGGCUCGCGGGGACACAGCUUUAACUCCAAUGGAAGAAGAAUCUCUUAAAAUGAUAUCUCAGAGAGAGUCAAGUCUAGGGCUAUUUCAUGCCGUGGGCAAAAUUGUGUACAAUAAACGCCUCGACCCAAGCCUCGUCCCCGAAGGUACGACGGUUCUUCCUUCACCACCUGAUUAUUUAUCACAGCAUCGCCGAGGCAAGGUCUCCCAGGUAGCAGUGGAUGCGCUGGCAGAUGAGACCGGGACAGACAUUACCACGUUUAUUUGUGGUCUUCAUGAAAACUAUCCGCCCUCCUGUGACGGGGGCUCUUUCACCGACAGCAUCAAUGCGUGCAUUGAGGCACUAUCUGAUAGCGACAUUCUCAGUGCCGAUCGAAGAGCACCUCUAAAUGCUGGAGUUGAUAAGCUACGACAAGAUGAGAUCAGCUAUCAGGUUGCCGCACGCGGCUUAUUAUUUGGUCUUCCGUAUCCUGUCAACCGAAGACUGGCCACUGGCGAUGGCCGCAGCCGCCCGAGCGAUGCACAUAAGAUGCUCUAUCCAUCAUCUUUACGAUUAUGGAGAAAGACCGAGGAGAUCGAGGGCCUUGUGGAUUCAUGGAUGAACCAGAGGCUGGAUCCCUUUGCCAAUCCACAUAAUUUCUCCCACGACAUGGGGCCCGCAAAACCUAGAGGUGUAAAGAGCUGGCGAAAUGUGCGGGUCGGUCAUCAGGGACCUUCUGGUGCAGACCAGUCAGCUACUACGGUGACGAUGAUGUCGCGCGCUGAUACGCUCCUCCACCAAUUGCCGUACAUGGCUCAAAUCCGACGCAAUGAGCCCGAAUCUUGGCAAUUGAAUCAAAUUACUGGGAUACGAAGUAGUCGGUUUGACGAUGUUGAUGAGGAUGAACUGCCCUCGCAGUCGCAAUCGCAGCCACCUCGACAGAUGGGCCGCAGUGCAUUUGGGCCUCGAUUACCCCGCAAAGAAGAAAAAUUAUACCUCAGUGACGACGAUAUUGUGGAUGAUUAA